UCUUUUUGACGUCAAUAUAGCGCUCAGGCAGACUAUAAAUUCUUUAGAAAUAGCUACGCGUUACUUUCGACUUGACCAGUCGUCGUUAAGACAGCCUUUGCCUCUUAAAAUGAUGUUGACCUCUUCGACUCUUCUUAAAACCUUGCUGAUCGUUGUCCUCACUAAGGAGGCCUUCACUCAGCUUGGGUCAACCGUGGAUGCUGAUCUUACCAAGUACAACUAUGUGGUGAAAGUCUACCGCAUUAAUUCAACGAGAGAGGAAACAACACCGGCAUUUUUUAUCAGCCCUAGAUACGCACUGUCAAUCUACUACGUACUUAACACCAAUGCAAAGCUGUAUCUUGUAAAAACUCACGACGGAAGAGUGUUUGCUCCUGGGCGCAUAACAUACAUCGGUGGCGAAAUAUUGCUCAUGAAAAUGUGCGAUUCCAAUGUAACUCAGCACUUCAUGUCUAUGGAAACAGCAGACCACUUUAACUUUACGACCAACGCUACUGCAGAGCUCAUUUUUUAUGAAGGAGAUGUGCUGAAGUCGAAAAGUGCGGAGGCAUAUUCUAAAGAUACAUGCGAUGCCGACAUCGAUCUGGUGAGCGAUCACGGUGCAAUGGAAGAAGACGAAGCUUGCUCUAGUAACGACCCUUCGCCCAUUGGUUGCAAGUUCAUAGGAGAUAAUGCGGGAACUUACAAACGUAUUCCAGCCCUCGCAGUUAAUGGUAUUGCAGUCGCCAUCAUUGACCAUACACAUUGUGAUAGUGAAUCGUUUUAUAUACUUCCUACCUAUAGAAAAAUAAUCUACUAUCAAAACUUAAUUCUUAGUGCUAUUCCAUGAUGAUGUAAUGAUUGCAGUGGUUGAGGCACGAGAAUCUAUUAGAGGUUCACACAUGCUAAAUAAAAUAUUCGGAUGCUCCAAAGAA